AUGGCCCUCCAGAAGCUCUCCUCCAACCGCGCGGUCAAGAUGCUCAACGCCGCCCGCGCCGGCCAAUACGGCGUCCUGGGCGUCGUGACCUACAACAUGGAAACGCUCAUCGCCUGCAUCCGCGCCGCCGAAGCCAAAAAGUCCCCGAUCCAAAUCCUCCUCUUCCCCUGGGCAUACAAGUACUCCCCCCUCUUCGUCGACUUUGUCGCGCACGCCUGCCGCUCCGCUUCCGUGCCCGUGACGCUACACAUGGACCACGCGCAGGAUCCGGAGGUGAUUAAGAAAGUCGCCAAGAUCAAGGCGGAAGACGGCACGCCGGCUUUUGAUUCAAUCAUGGUGGAUAUGAGCCACUACGAGAAAGAGGAGAACCUGGCCAAGACGCGGGAACUGGUCGCGUUGUGCCAUGAUCAGGGGAUCGCGACGGAGGCGGAGCCGGGCCGGAUUGAAGGCGGGGAGGACGGGGUGCAGGAUACGGCGGAGCUGGAGGGCAUGAUGACGACGGCGGAGGAGGUGGAUGAGUUUGUGGACACCGGGAUUGAUUUCCUGGCGCCUGCGUUUGGGAAUGUGCAUGGGGAGUAUGGCGGGGUGGAGAAUAUCAAGUUGGAUUAUCCGAGGUUGGAGUCGAUACAGAAGAAGUGUGAUGGCAAGGUGCAGAUUGUGCUGCACGGAACUAAUGGCUUCCCGCCGGACAUCAUGGCCAAAUGCAUCAAGUUGGGCGUGACGAGGGUGAAUGUGAACAAGUUGGUCAUGGAUCCUUACUUUGACUAUGCGAAGACCAAUACGGGCAAGAAGCCGUUGACGAGUUUGAUGGAUGAAGGGACGGAUCUGAUACAGAAGGCUUGUGAGGAGUGGAUGGAUCAUUUGGGGAGCAGUGGGAAGGCUUGA